CGAACCGGGAGUAGCUGCGGCGGUGCCCGCCCCCUCUCUCCGCCCCUCCAGCGGAGCUGGUCUCCGGCCGGGCACCGUCGCGGGCCCCCCUGGCCCGGCCACCUGGGACUGUGCUGGGUAGUCGGCCACCUCCCUCUCUCCCCUCGCCCGCAAAGUUUGUGGCGAAGCCGGUGCAGGGGUAGAGCACGCCCCCGGGGGAGAUCGGGGAGCGCCGGAUGCCGGGCGGCAGGAGCCGUUGACCCGGGACGCCGCCGUCCGGGGCAGGAGCGCGGAGCAGCCGACCACCCCGCCGCCUCCGGUGCAUGGGGCCCGGCUGAGGAGCCAGCAUGGGCAACUGCGUGGGGAGACAGCGCCGGGAGAGGCCGACCGCCCCAGGACACCCCCGCAAGCGAGCAGCCUGAAAGGACCAGCGUGCAGGGCGAAGAACUUUUAAGCCCUUGUGUCUUGGGUGAUGGAGAUGCAGUUAAUACUUGGGGAGGCUCACCGGCAUCGUGUCCAUCCUGGGGACGCAACGAGCCCCUGAAGAAGGAGCGUCUGAAGUGGAAGAGCGACUACCCAAUGACCGAUGGGCAGCUGCGGAGCAAGAGGGAUGAGUUCUGGGACACAGCGCCCGCCUUCGAGGGCCGCAAGGAGAUCUGGGACGCCCUCAAGGCUGCCGCCUACGCAGCCGAAGCCAACGACCACGAGCUGGCUCAGGCCAUCCUGGACGGAGCCAGCAUUACCUUGCCUCAUGGCACCCUCUGUGAAUGCUACGAUGAGCUGGGCAAUCGCUACCAGCUGCCCAUCUACUGCCUGUCGCCACCCGUGAACCUGCUUCUGGAGCACACUGAGGAGGAGAGCCUGGAGCCCCCCGAGCCCACCCCCAGCGUGCGCCGAGAGUUCCCACUGAAGGUACGCCUCUCCACGGGCAAGGACGUGAGGCUCAGCGCCAGCCUGCCUGACACGGUGGGGCAGCUCAAGAGGCAGCUGCACACCCAGGAGGGCAUCGAGCCAUCCUGGCAGCGAUGGUUCUUCUCUGGAAAGCUGCUCACAGAUCGCACGCGGCUCCAGGAAACCAAGAUCCAGAAAGAUUUUGUCAUCCAGGUCAUCAUUAACCAGCCCCCGCCGCCCCAGGACUGAGGAGCCCACGGACCCCUGGGCAGAGAGACCAGGGAAGGCCUCUGCAGGGCUGAGAGGCCUCCCGGCUGGAGCACGAGUCACCCCCGACCCUGCCGCUGCCUUUGAGAGCCGUUCUUUUCUCCAGGGGAGCCUCUCGUGUAUGGCUGCUGGGCGAGCCCUGAGGGGACCCUGCUUCCCAGGGACUCCAUGGGCCACCAGUGCCCAGCACCCAGGAAACAGUGUGCUGCCACACACAGGCCUUGCCAACCUCGUCAGAGAAAAGGCAAACCAGGGCCCUCCACCCUGCCUCUCUCCCGCGGCAGGUUCAAGCCACGAGGGCCAGCCCGGAGGCCCCUGGAGCCCAGGUCUGUCAUCUGGUGCUGCCGGCUGUGCUCACUCCGGUUUUCUGCUCAGGGUCUGAAGCAGCUGCUGUUUCCCUCCCUUGCCCCUACCCCCUGACUCUGCCCUGGGCCCAGUGCCAGCCCCCCAGAGGGGAGGGGACCACUCGUGAGCCCCGGGGGUGGGGAGCCUGAGGACGGCCUCUGCCUCUCCCAGCCCCCAGCACAGCCGGCAGAGAUGAGGUGGUCCCGAUGGCUGGGCUGUCGUGGCCGAGGCCUGCACAGGGCCAUCUCCUGGCUGUAACCCCGGCAGUGGGGGGUCUGCAGUCUGCUCACGGCCCCGCAGCAGGUCCCUGUGUGCAGACACGUCUGCAUAUUUAUCAAUAAAGCCUUUUGCUCCUUC